AUGCCUUCUCUCAACCCACACCACAUCUUCAUCCUCAAAAUCUCCCUCGCCUCCAUCUCCCUCCUCCUAACAGCCACCUACCUCUUCAGCUCCUCUUCCUCUUCCACCCACUUUACCGAAAUCACCACCUCCCUUCCAUCUCUCCCAUCUCUCCCGUCUCUCCCGUCUCUCCCGUCUCUCCCAACCAUCAGCAACCCCCUCUCUAGCUCCCCUUCCUCCUCAUCCGCCAAAGCCACCUUCGUAUCCGCCCUACUCGCGGACGAGAACGAGAUAGAUGGAGCCUUCGACAACAAGACUCUAGUAGAGUUGUGUGCAAGCAGGUCCUGGACGCCAGGGUUGAUCUUCAAGUGCGAGCCGUUCGAGGGGGGUAUUGCGAAUGUGAGGAAUGUGCUGCUGAAUUGUGUGAGAUAUGCUAUUGAAGCGGGAGCUACCUCUCUCAUAACCCCCGAGAUCCUCCUCCGCACCACCGCGUCUCCAGACGGAGCAUCAGUGCCCCUCACCCACUAUUUUGACCUCCCGCACUUCACGGACCUGCUCACCACAUCCUGCCCUCAAAUCUCCCUCAUCGGCUCUCAAAACGACCUCUACAACGCGCCCUCAACCGCGGUACCCAUCCCGCUCGUCCCCUCCUCACUCACCGGCCCCCUCCUGGGCGGCUUCAUCCUCUCCGCACCAGGCAACUGGUCCUCUUCCUUCCGCGCCUUUCUCAAUGCCACCCACCCCGAACCUCCCUCCGCCAUCAAACCCGUCCUCGUCUCAGUGAGCCCUCCACUCCUAGAAUUUCCUCUCACCUACGAUGACCCGCACUUCGUCGCGCAGUUUGGACGCCUUCUUCGCUUCCGUCCCGAUGUGCGCAAACUCGCCGCUAGCGUCAUUUUCGCCAUGAACGAAAAGUACACCUUGGAAAUGAAAGCCGGCGGAGCUUCCGGUAUAGAGAAGAAACUAUGGUACGGCGCACACCUCCGCACCGGACAGGAUGCGCUAGCGGCAGGGUGGACACCGUACUCGAUGCAGGAAACAAACUACAUCUCGCACGCCCAGGUGUCCCACCUGCACCUCAUCUACAUGACAUCCACCUUCCCGGGUGAUCUCGUGACCUUCACCGAGAAAGCGGCGGGAUUCAACAUUAGCGUGGCGACCAAAACUUCCCUUCUCGGCAGCGGUACCGACGACGGGGCUGCAAAACCCGGGUAUGAAGAAGAGUGGGCGGCGCUGGGAGGUUUAAGCUGGGACCAGGCGCUGCUUGUCGAUUACGAGGUUCUGCUGAGGAGCUCGGUGUUUGGCGGGACGUGGGAGAGCAGCUUUAGCUGGGGCGUUGCGAUGCGCCGGCACGUCGUUGCAUCGGGCAAGAAGGGCUGGGUGAACAUCGCGCAGCGCUCCGUCGAUGGUCCUUUUACUCAUAUCUCGCCGCGCUCUUUGCACUCUUCGCACCACUAUCUCUCGCCUCCAAGCAGGGGGUCCUUCCUGCCUCUCCCCCACGACGGUUUCGCUAGUGAAGCUAGGCUUUCCCACCAAAAAGCCAAAAGAAAUGGAAAGGGCAAGAGGCAAGAAGAAGAGGGAAAAGCGGAGUUGAGCGAGAAGGAGAAGGGCAACGGCGGGGUGGUGAAGGAGGCGAAGGAGGGGGAGACGUGUUUUAAGGAUCGGCUCAGUGUUGUGUUUGGGCCUGUGGGGGAGGGGAGACGCGAAUUGGCGAUUGGUCAAGCGAACAAAUGGGGAAAAGAAAAGAGGGAGAAAAGGGCUGGCAAAUUCAGAAUGAGGCUCGGUACCUGGCGGGUGGCUACCACGCUCUCCGGAUGGAAGAAAGGGUAG